AUGGCAAACUUCAGGCAAGAUCGCUUUGAGAAGUUCGUCAAGAAUGACCACAUAGAGGAAUUCUUUGAUAAUAUCGACCGCGUGUACAUCGUGCAGAGAAUCUGCAAAAGCGCUUACUUUGGUGCAUCAGAUGGUAAAAUGAAGUCAUUAGAUGACCAAACGGGCUCGGCGGAGAGGGGGCCAGUAGAUGAUCAGACGGAACCAGCGGAGGAAAACCCGUCAGUGGAUAAGACGGAAGAAGUGGAUGUUGGGUUGGAAAAAUUGAUUCUCAAUGGCGCUUACGUAGCAGCAUACCCACUUCAUGAUGGCCCUGAUGUUCUUGAACGCGACAAAAUCCCGAAGAAUGACCGUCAGUGUCUCAAACGUGACUGGGCCAGGCCUGGAAGAUUGUGUAAAUACCAGCCGUAUGACGCAAUCAACAAAUACUUUGGAAGUGAGAUUGCUAUGUAUUUCGCUUGGGUUGGGUUCUACACGGGAAUGCUAGCUCCGCUGGCCAUCAUCGGUUUAAUCGUGUUCCUGUAUGGAAUCGGUUCUGCUGGUGAUCACAUCCCCGUUAAAGAUGUCUGUGAUGAAAAUAACAAGGGAAAAUGGUACAUGUGUCCAUUGUGCGACAAGAAGUGUAGCUACUGGGAUCUCGCAUCUACUACAUGCGUGUAUGCUUAUGUUACCCAUUUCUUUGACAACGACUGGACAGUUGGCCUGGCCGUGAUUGCAUCGAUCUGGGGAACCCUGUUUCUUGAGUUGUGGAAACGUCGUCAGCGAAUACUAGCUUAUGAGUGGAACAUGGAUAGCUUAGAAGAAGAGGAAGAGCUCUUGCGCCCAGAAUUUCCAGCCUCCCGUUAUAUCACGGAGAAUAAGCUCACAGGAAAGAAGAAGAUAAGAAUUCCUAAGUUCGAGAAGUACAGCCGUUUAAGCGCUGUCGUCGUGUUGGUGCUGACCAUGAUCGCUUUGGUCAUCGCAGCGGUCGUAGGUGUCAUUAUAUACCGAGCUGCUGUUUUUGCAUCUCUUAGUGGUCAUUGCGACAGAAUGAUACACACCAGGGCCAGAAUCAUUACUUCAGCGACAGCAGCUUUCCUUAAUCUUGUUGCUAUCAACUUGAUGAAGUUCGUCUACAACAAACUUGCCUUGUGGUUAACAAACUUUGAAAAUCCCCCAACUCGUAGCGCCUAUGAAUACAGCUUCACCUGGAAAAUGUACUUGUUUCAAUUUGCAAACACGUACGCCUCUGUCUUUUACAUCGCAUUUUUCAAGUCUGAGCGUGUAAUUGGAACUCCGGGAAAAUACGAGCGAAUCGCUGAGAAAUUUCGAUUGGAUGGGUGUAGUGAGCAAGGGUGCUUUCUUGAGCUUUGCGUUCAGCUUCUUAUUCUCAUGGUUGGACAACAAAUCAUUGGAAUUAUCAUGGAGGUUGCCAUCCCGUAAGUACCAAAGACGGUUACUAUUUUUAAUAAGAUAGGGGAUAGCUUAGUAGAAUUCAAACUGCAAAUCCGGAUGUACUUCUCUUGCUAUAAUAUAUUAGGGUUUUCGCCCCAAUCUUUUGCUACAAGCAUGGGCCGGGAUAUUGUACCGUCCCGACUCAUGCGGUCUGCGCACGAUACUUUUAACUAUCUCUCUUUGUGUCUUUUUGCUCAACACGUUGGUGGCUGGGAGACGGACUUUAAAGCUUUCAGAGGUUGUUUUGGAUAGGGCUGUGCCCUGGUAUUACAACGUACCUUUAUUUUUCUAUUUAUAUAUUUGUUCAUUUACUUACUUAAUCCCUUCCCUCUCAUCCACUUCCAAUAAGAUCUCAUAUUUAUGUUCUUGCUUGUUGCAUAUGCAUCUAGGUACCUCAAGUACCGUUACAAGACUUAUAUGAGGAAAAAGAACAAAAAGGAAGAAACGGAGAAUUAUCAAAUCGAUUUCGACCUGAGCCCAUUUGAAGAUCAUUUCAUGUUUUGGGAGUAUCUACAAGUUGGUGUGUAACGAUAAAUUGUCAAAAUGUUACUGAGGCGAAUUUUGAAUGGGUUACAAUGUAGAAAUGUUUUUUUAAUGAAAUUAUCCAUGCUACUUCUAGUAAGAAAAACACGUUUUUCCAACAUAGUCUUGUAAACUCGUAUAUUUAUGCCAAGUAUCUUUAUUCUGGAGAGCAAGGCCUCAGCAGUGAUCGAUGAUGAUCUUGAGGCGUUCAUCCUGGAACUACAACGUGAAGACCUCUCUGGGGAGAAGGUUCCUAAAUAUCGUCGACAGACACUUCCCGAAAAAUACACUAGAGCUAAGAUACUCCUGCAUGCCAAAUAUGAAAACAAUCAUCUCGUGACACAACAAAAAAACUGCUAUCAGAUUGCAAUCGGUCCCGAAAUUCAACACAAAUACUCGACAAAGAGUGUAACUGCAGAAAAAAUGAUCAAUGCCCCCUCGAAGGAAAAUGCCUCGCAUCAAACGUAGUCUACCAAGCAGCAGUCACAACUGAAACACCAACAGAUUCAUACGUCAGACUCGCGAGAAACCUCAAAGAACGUUACAGAAACCACACAUGUCUUCCUUCUGACAUCAAAAUAAGAGACACGAAACUGAAUUAUCAAAGCACAUGUGGACACUCAAAGACAACAAAAAGCCUUUCAACCUAAAAAAAUCAUCAAGCAAUGCAAACCUUACAACAACGUUACUAAGAAAUGUAAUUUAUGUCUUUUUGAAAAAUUCAUUAUCAUUUUUAAAAAGGAUUUCUGCAUUGUAAACAGGCGAAAUGAGUUAGCAAGUUCAUGCCCCCACAGAAACCUCGUCAAUAACUUUACGAUAAAGAAACACAAUCUUCCAAAUUAUAAAUAGCAAUCACAUGAUUUAUAUGAUAAAAUAACGCUGUUUUUAUAUCUCAUAGCAACCGUAUUUCCACUUUUUUGCCAGUUAUUGUAAUUUAACGGUCAUGCAGUCGUUGAAAUUAUUACCUGAUCGAUGAGUGUGGUCGUCUUUUAGCCAUACGAAACAGAGCUGUAGUAAUAAAACGAUGCACUAGUCUUGAACCAGUUUGUGAAUGCUCCUCUAAGAGUUGAGCGCUCUCUAAAAUACGUUCAAAUGAAGUUCAAGAAUUUAUAUAUAAAAAUGUAUAUAUAUAAAAAAACGAUGCACUACCUCUGAAGUCUUGAACCACCCCUUAUGAGUUUCUGUAUUAACCGACACAAUUAAUGCACAGUGGAACCUUGUUAAUGCAACCACCGUUGGGCCAAAAACUCCUGGUCGUGAUAAUAAGGUGAUGGCAUUAACGGGAUCUUCAAAAUAAUAACAUGACUCAGUGGUUGUUAUGUUUGGGUCGAAAUAAUAUGGUCGCAGUAAGGAGAUUGUCGUGUAAACGGGGUAAUCGUAAGGCGGGGUUCCACUGUUCUACUGUAUCUUGAUUUUACAUAACAUUUGCAUUGCACACCACAAGCGUAUCGUCAACUGAUACAGCUUAAAGUGCUCCAAAAAGAAAUAUAUCAAAUAUUUAUGUAAUCAGUCAAUUUAUAAUAUAUUACCCUUCCAUAUACCUUAUGCAGGUCGUUUAUUAGUGUGUUCAUAUUGUUUUGUUCCUUGGUGAUAGUUUUACAGUACGGAUUCGCGACCAUGUUCGUGGCUGCUUUUCCACUCGGUCCUCUGUUCGCCCUCCUUAGCUCAGCCAUUCGCAUUCGAGCAGACGCCUUCAAUUUUGUGUCCCAGUUCAGGAGGCCCGAUAUUGUUCACGCCAAGGAUAUCGGUGCCUGGUUUCGCAUUCUCAAGCUGAUUACAAAAGUUUCCAUCUUAGUGAAUGCAUUUGUGCUGGCGUUUACCUCGGAGUUCAUACCUAAACUUCUGUACAGAGUGAAGUACUCAUCGGAAUCUUCCAGUGGAGGAACGCUGACUGGUUACAUCAAUAACAGCCUGUCUUCCAUUCACACGACUGACAUAUUUCGAAAAGAACCCGGAACGGAACCAGAAGACUCUUUUGCUCAAUUGCCAUACAAUGACUCAGUCUGCAGGUAUUUCAAAAAUAUUUUUGAAAAUUUGUUUUAAGUUCUUUUAUUUCACUUAUUUCAAUUCUAAGGUAAUAAUAGCAGGCGUCUCAUUUGUGUAUCGUUUGUACACAGGUUUGAAAAGUCGAACUGCAGCUAUAAUCUUGGGGGCUAUUUUCUGUCCAUUACGUACCUGAACGGUCUUUCAUUUUAACUCAUGAUGUCGACUGGCAAUAUUACAGAAACUAGUUCUGUAAAUAGCCUAGUAGCCAAAUGCAGAGAAAGGCAAUAAAGAACUGAGAAGACUUCUUGACAUCAGGGGACAUUUGAAAUUGCACGCACCAAGAUUGAGGGGCUAGCUGUUUAUGUGAUAGAUGUGAUUAUAUUUUAUUCCCUAGCGAGUUUCCAGAGUGAAGUUCGUAAUGCAUUCACACAUUUACAUGAUUGGAUUAAACUUCUCAGCAUACAAUGCAAGGCGUUCUCGCUCGAAUGGUGUACGCGCCAAGAUGCGAUAUGAACGCCACUCACCCCAGACUACACGAUUUGCGAUUAUCAAUUCGAAACGAAGUUCUUUUUCAGUUUACAUGAUACCAGAAUGAAAUUUCGUACCAGAGCGAGAAUUUCAUUCGGAAUGAAAACCGAAAUGAUCUCUUUCAGGAAUGACUUGUAAGGGAACAACAUUAUAUUUCAGCUAAAUUUCGUCUAGGCAUCAUGUGAACAGGUGCAAAGAAAUAUAUGGACAUGGAUGAACUCGUUCCGGGAUGAAAGUCAUUCCGGUAUUAUGUAAACAGACCUUGAAUUUAAGUCCCACCAGUAAAGAAUCCAGCCUUUACUACCUAUAAAGAAUCUUUUUUCCAGUUGUGCCUAGCAAGUCGACGUUAUCGUCUGAUAGAGUCCAGCAUUAGACAGUCUAGAUAGCGUGACCUCUUGUAAUUGUUUUCGCCAAUGAUUAAACAAAGGCCAACACACUCUAUUUCCCUCAAGGGAGAGGACUGCUGCGCAGACUGGUUUUUCUUUUGAUUUUUUUUCAGGUAUCGUGGCUAUCAUGAAGACUUCUGGCCUUAUAACUUUUCCAAGCAAUACUGGGAAUUGAUUGCUGUGCGCCUCGCUUUCGUAUUUGUGUUUCAGUUCACUGUGUUCUUGGUCAGUAAUUCCAUAACCUACUUGGUCCCCGACGUUCCAGAGAGUUUCGCGUUAAAGAAAAAGCGAGAGAAGGAGCUGAUUAAAAUUGAGUUUGGGAAUAAGGUGUUAAAAGCAAGAAGCACCCAAACAGCUUCAGUGUUUUCUAACGAAGUUGUUCAGCCCUUAGCAAAAGAACCUGUCGGGAAUCAACCAGUGGGGCCACACUUGGCCAGUGAGGAUGCUGUUGAACGGGUUAGUAAUCCAUUACUUCCCCUUUGUUGUCAAAGAUAUUACAACACUAAGCAGUUGAAUCUUUUUAGGUAAAUGAUUAACCAGGCAAUCAACAUAAAAAAGGAACUCUAAUCGUUAAUAAAAAGGGGGUGUAGCUAGGAUUUUUCAAAGGGAGUGGGGGGGGGGAUCCACACUGUCACACCCACAGUCCUUACCAGAUUGGCAUGUCGAUAUCUACGACUUGUUUUACUAGAAGUAACUUUUUUUUUGGAUGAGCAAUGAACGUGGAGGGAGGGACAAGUCUACAAAAUAGCUGCAUGGAUGAAUUAAGACAGGAAGGGUCGAAUUUGUUGUCUGUUUAAACCAAUGAAUGUCUGCUCUGACAUUCAUAAUUUUAGAUACGAGCAAGAGCAUGGUCCACUGCAGAUGGUCGGUCCUGCAAAUCUAGCACUGGAGAAGAUUUAUUGAAUGCUAGUCAUGCGGAUUCGCGCGUUUUCGCGACCUGAAUUAUAGGGACACAAAACAAUUAUCUCACAAAGGGGGAGUCACGGGCACCCCAGGACCCUGCCCCCUAGCUACGCCCCUGACAAACCUCACGUGAUAUAAAUUCGUCAUACGUUGGUCACUUGUUUUUCUUUAAAGAUUCUCUUUCCUGUUAAGGCGAAAUGAAGGUUCUGGGUGGUUAAAAAUAAGGGUGUCCUCAACAAGGAAAAAGAGAAGAAAAAUUUUGCCUCUGUUAGCCUGAGCAUUCUCGUGUGUUUAUGAUAUAAAUUGCUGUUUAAUGUAUUUCUUUGCAGCCACUUGAAGGCACGGGUCAACAAUGGCAACAGUUACCUGAGUGA